AUGUUGCCCACACUGAACCCCACAGCGCCGGCCUUCAGCCCUCCUGUGUCGAUCCCCCAGCUCGCCUCCCCUUUCAUCUCCACAUCCGGUGCCGCCUCCGAUUCCGACCCUGACUUGCUCGGCCUUGACCUCGAUCUGGACCUAGACUCCGAACUCGAUGGGCCUCUCUCACCAUCUUCUGAGGCCGGUAGAGUAGCUUCCGCACUCAUCGGCGAGUCGCUCUUCAAGGCCGUGUUCGAAGCCCCGUCAUCUCCGUAUUCACCAGUCGUCGACGCCGACGACGACGAUUACUUCACCCAACUCCCUUCAUCUCCGCAAACCACGUCAUCAACUCCAGGAUCCGGCCGUGACAUCUGGAGCCCGACUUCGGCCUUCCGCUCGACUUCUGAAGUCAACUCUCCUUUCUCAUCAGUUGCGUCGCUUGCCGACAAGGAGACAUGGUGCGCAGGCGAGCUUCCAAGCUCUCCGGCGGAGGCAGAGAUGGCAUGGGGUGAGGACUGGGCUCACGACGACGAUGUUUACCUCGGCCAAGGCAGUAGCCCGGAGCCGUUCAGCACAAUGCCUGCGCCUGCCGAAGCAUCCUUGAAGGUCGCGCCCGCGGCGAUGGCGCCUGGAGUCAUACUUACUCCCAUCCGAAUCCAACAGCUCCAACAGAUUCAACAACUUCAGCAGCAGCAAUUGUGGCAGCAACAGAUGCAAUACCAAGUCCCAAUAAUGACUCCCGUCCUUCAGGCUCAGGCUCAAUCUCAAUUCAUCCUGCCGUCCAUGCAGUUCAUAACUGUGCCCUCGGCACCAAGCACACCAAGCCCACCAAGAGUCGGGCUCGCUCCUCUUUGGCCUCUCCUCUCUGCGCUGCAUCGCAACCUGGCGCGCAGCAGACCCGAUCUCUACGGCGCAACCUACCUUGGACCUAUGUCUUGA